AUGAGACCAAGCCGGUUAGGCGCUGAGGACAAGUGGGUGUGGACACUUAACAACUCAGGAGCCUACUCAACAAAGUCUGGAUACUAUGAGGCUGUUAAACAACAAAACCAAGAGGGAGAACAACAUGGCAUAAUCCAAGGCAAUCAACAAAACCGACUGCACAACUUCAACUGGAACAAGCAUAUCUGGUCGGUAAAAACGGCGCCAAAAAUACAGGUCUUUCUUUGGAAGAUUAUACAGGAUGCAUUACCUUUAGGAAUGGCGCUGCAGAGGAGGGGAAUCUUAUCACAUCCAGUGACUUGUGCGCGAUGUGGAGCUCCGGAGUCAGCCGAUCACUUGUUCUUACACUGUAGGUUCGCGAGACAAGUUUGGGAUAAUAUCCCACUCACGAGAACUAUAGACAUCGGAACGAACUCCACUUUUGACCAAUGCCUGGCAGCCUCACAUGAUCUGGUAUGCCUCCCUCCGACGGGAGUGUCGGGCAACAUUUUCUCUUGGGUAUGCUGGUGCAUAUGGACAGCAAGGAACCUCCUGGUCUUCGAGGACAGAACACUAGACGCUAAGGACAUCAGCUGCACCUCCAUUAAACUUGCGCGAGAAUGGCAGGAGGCCCAAGCACACAAACCUCUCCCGGCACACAACUUAGGAGGCAACAACUCUCAUAUACGGGAGCUCACAUCGAUGACUGUUUCUACUCUGUUCACAGACGCGGCAUGGAAAGCCCAAGAUAGAACUGCAGGAUGCGGCUGGAUUAUACAUAAUCCACAAGAGAGAGAAACAACGAGUGGCACAUCGACUGAACUCUGUGUCGCAUCACCUUUGAUGGCGGAAGCCUUGGCUGUUCGCGAAGCCCUGCUGCACGCAAAGGCCCUCCAUCUCUCCAAUAUCUGCCUCAAAUCAGAUAACCAAGUGCUUGUCAAAGCACUAAACUCGAAGCAACAUCCGGUGGAACUCUACGGAAUCAACUUGGAUAUCGAGAACCUAUCCUCCUCGUUUUGUUCUAUUUCUUUUGUCCAUGUCUCUAGGAAUUUGAAUUCUGCUGCAGAUGCUUUAGCAAAGUCUGCCAUGAAACACAUUAUGUUCAUGUGCUGUGGAAACUGCAAUCAUAUCUCGGUAUGCUUCUUCUCUCGCAGAAGUGCUUCAGGAGGGUUUAAUUCUCUCGUGCCGUCGGAUAUUCUUGUUCUCGGUCUAAUCGCUGUUUCUCGAUGCGUCUGGCUCCGUCGUCUCGCCGCCGGUAACAGAUCCUCCUCCGGCGGUUCCGGUCAAUCUCCACCACCGCAGGUAGCAGCGGCGAACAAAGGACUGAAGAAGAAAGUGCUCCAGUCUCUCCCCAAGCUGACUUUCUCGCCGGAAUCACCCUCGUCGGAGAAAUUCGCCGAGUGCGCGAUCUGUCUGACGGAGUUCACCGCCGGCGACGAGCUCCGGGUUUUGCCGCAGUGUGGUCACGGGUUCCACUUGUCUUGCAUUGACACGUGGCUCGGGUCUCACUCGUCUUGCCCUUCUUGCCGUCAGAUCUUGGUUGUUGCCAGGUGUCAUAAGUGUGGCGGGUUGCCCGGUAGCUCCAGCUCCGGGUCUGAACCUGAAAUCGUGAUCCGAAUUAAGCAAGGCGAAGAUGAUCCUAACUCCUCCUUGCCCUAAAUUUCUUUUUAGUUUCUUCGUGUGUUAGAUAACUCCAUAAUUUAAAGCAGGUCAUUUUUAGUGGACACUGUUUACUCCCUUAAUGUAUAAUGUUUAUUGUAACUUGUAAAUGUUGUAUGAAAUUAAAAU